AGCCGAAUAUGAAUUUUGAUUUGUCAAUGUCAAAAAUAAACAAAAUGAUUUUGAUCAUUGAAUUGAUGACCAAUUUGAAUUAUUUUUAAAAAUUAAAUCAAAGUAUGUAUUUUAGACUAUUCAGGUAUUCAGUAGUAUUUUGAGGCUACAUAAUGAUGAGAGACGUAAGCCCCGCCGCAGCGCAAGCUAUAUUGUGUUUUUCACUAUCCUGCUUAGUGUUCACCGUAUCGCUAUUUUCAUCGAGUGUUCUCGGAUUCACUUCCGAGCUGUGGGCGCUCACAUACUGGGGCCCCGGCCUAUAUUUCUGCCUGUUGAACUUCGUAUUACGAUACUCUCUAAAAGGCUUCACAUAUGAUGUAGCAGUCAGAUCAGCCUUCCUAGGCUCAGCGUUUGCGACAGGGCUAUACUUUGCCACAUUUGACAACAGCUGCCACAUAUUUGGACUAUAUGCCAUGGCAUUCUCCAUGUUUCACUUCUCGGAGUUCCUGUCAGUGGCCCUGACCAACCCUAGAACCUUGACGGUGGACUCCUUUAUACUGAAUCAUAGUGUACAGUAUUGGGUUGCGGCUGUGUCCAGUUGGGUUGAGGCGGCAGUGGAAAAUUACUUCUUUCCUGGAAUGAAAACUGCAUUCUGGCUGUCUCGCAUAGGAGUGGUGAUGUGUAUAGGGGGAGAGGUGAUGAGGAAACUGGCCAUGUUCACCGCCAAAACCAACUUCAACCAUCAUGUACAAACGGUGAAGAGUCCUGACCACCGGCUGGUGACGCACGGGGUGUACCGUCUGUGUCGACACCCCAGCUAUGUGGGCUGGUUCUACUGGUCCAUUGGCACACAGAUAAUUCUGCUAAACCCGAUCUGCGUGUUAAUAUACACCUUGGUGUCGUGGUCAUUCUUCCGAGAGCGCAUCUUCGCAGAGGAAAUGUUCCUCAUCUCGUUCUUCGGCAGUCAAUACCUGAACUACCAGAAGAGGGUGGGCACCGGCCUGCCCUUCAUCCGGGGGUACAUACCUGACGGCACUGGCGCCUGGUGAAGAGGGGGUGGGAUUAACUGGGACUGAACACUUGAAGACCAAAGAAGCGCUGGCCAAGGACUUAUGGGCUGAGUUUGUGGCACUGAGCUGAGUAAAAAGAAUUAUAAAAGCACAUUCAUUGUAUUAUAAUAAUAAAAUAAAUAACUUUUUGUUAAGAAAGACAACAAAAAUUAAAAUCAUUCAAGUGUGAAUCAGACUCAUACACAAAGGGUUCCAUACCACUGUACAAGAUAUAACACUUUUUCUUUUAUUUUAAUUUUCAUGGUGGCCAUUUUGAAAUUAUUAUUUUCUGUUAUAGCGGCAAUAGAAAUACACAUACUGUGAAAAUUUCAACUACCUAUACAGCCUGUUGACAGAUAAACGAACGGUUACCAAAUGUUAUAUUUAAGAAAUGUAUUUAUGGAAUUGCAAUAAAUUGAAAUUGAACGGACGGACGGACAACUGUGGCUCAGUAAUCGGGUUCCGUUGGGUAUGGAACCCUAAAAACUACAACUUAAUAAGAAGAAUUUUAACAGGACUUCUAGUAAUGCCCCAUUUUGUACCACUAAGCUAUUGUUAUUAAAAUAUGUCAAAAAUCAGAUCUCUUAAUGCAUUUUUUAAAUUUUUAUUACCCUGUAUAUAAAUAGUUAAUUAACUUACCUAUUGUUUUUAUAGAUUUUGGUAAUGUGAAACUAAAAUGUUUACUUAUUGACAUGUCAUUUGAAACUAAGUUUCUUAAGCUACCAAGACCAGAACUUUUGUAAUAUAUACUUGCCUUACUUAUUUAUAACAAAUAUUUGUAUAUAAUCGAACUUUACAAACAUUGGAAUGAUAGAUUUUCGUAAUGUUGCAUUAAAAUUGUAUUAGCACAAUCCCGGUUCUCAAAUAAUUUAUUCGUAAAAAUUAAUUGUUCACUAAUAAGUUUCAUCAAACAAAACACCUGCUAGUUAAGCCUUUUAUUGUAUAAGUUAAUUAAUUACUGUAAAUAAUGAUAUGUACCUAUUUAAUAGGUGGUUCUCUAUUGUACAUAAUACUAUUAUUAUUUGUGUAUGUAGUAUGUACUAUAUUGUAAAGAAAGUUUGAUUUGUACAAAGGUUGUGAAUGUGAAAUUCAAAUAAAUUUAAAUUUGAUCAUAA